AUAGCGGCAUGCUGCGACUAAACCAGGGAAGAAGAACAAAGUUAUAAAACCAUGGUUUCCGAUUUUUCCUUGCAUCGAACCGAUGCAUAUAUAAUACAUUUCCCUCUGCCGUGCCCUGAUCAUCCUUGUUGCUGUACCCCGCCCCUGAAGACAGAGUCGAGCAACCUCCCUCUUCAUCUACACUUGAGGAUCCAUGAUUCGCCGGUGAAGACUGGAAAACACCAUGAAACCAUUCCUAGGGCUCAGAGGCCAGGCCCUGAACCUGGCCGUGGGCACCAUUGCAGGCUGUGACUUUCUCUUGUUCGGCUAUGAUCAGGGAGUCAUGGGCGGCAUUCUCACACUCAACGAGUUCUUGAAUACGUUCCCUAUGAUCAACCCCAAGGCUGGACCCCCAGACGAGGCAAGCAUGCGCUCAACCUACCAGGGCAUUGCCGUUGCCUCGUACAAUCUAGGGUGCUUCCUCGGUGCCAUCAUCACCAUUUUCAUUGGCAACCCGCUGGGGCGAAAGCGCGUCAUCAUGUUGGGCACAAGUGUCAUGGUUGUCGGCGCCAUCUUGCAGGCCAGUUCCACGACUCUUGAGCAGUUCAUUGUUGGCAGAAUCAUAACCGGGCUCGGCAACGGCGGGAAUACAUCGACUGUACCCACCUGGCAAUCAGAAACCUCCAAAGCCCACAAACGAGGCAAAAUGGUCAUGAUCGAAGGCGCCCUCAUCACCUGCGGCAUCAUGAUCAGCUACUGGAUCGACCUCGGCUUCAGCUUCGCCCCGGGCUCCGUGGCCUGGCGCUUUCCCCUGGCCUUCCAAAUCUUCUUUUGCAUCAUCAUCCUAAUCUUCAUCCCCUUCCUCCCGGAAUCUCCCCGGUGGCUGAUCCUGAAGGGCCGCGAGGACGAAGCGAAGGAGGUCAUUGCCGCGCUCGAAAACACAGACACAACCGACCGCGUCGUCGAGAACGAGUUCCUCUCCAUCAAGGAGACCGUCCUGGAAAUGUCCAAAGGCACCUUUGCCGACCUGUUCACCAUGGACAAGAACCGGAACCUGCACCGGACCAUGCUGGCCUACCUGAACCAAGUCUUUCAGCAGAUCUCAGGCAUCAACCUCAUCACCUACUACGCGGCCGUCAUCUACUCGGAUCUCGGCAUGACUGAUUUCAUGUCCCGGCUCCUGGCCGCACUGAACGGUACCGAGUACUUCAUUGCCUCAUGGCCGGCGGUGUUCCUCGUGGAACGGGUUGGACGCCGCAAGCUGAUGCUGUUCGGCGCCGUGGGGCAGGCCGCCACGAUGGCCAUCCUCGCCGGGGUCAAUUCGCGCAAGGAAUCCGGCUUCCAGAUUGCGGGGAUUGUCUUCCUCUUCGUCUUCAACACCUUUUUUGCUGUCGGCUGGCUGGGCAUGACCUGGCUGUACCCGGCCGAGAUUGUCCCGCUGCGCAUCCGGGCGCCGGCCAACGCGCUCUCGACCUCGGCGAAUUGGAUCUUUAACUUCCUUGUCGUCAUGAUCACCCCGGUGGCGUUUACCAAUAUUGGGUACCAGACAUACAUCAUCUUUGCGGUGAUCAAUGCUUUUAUGGUGCCGUGUGUGUACCUGUUUUAUCCGGAGACGGCGUACCGCUCACUCGAGGAGAUGGACAGCAUAUUUCACAAGGUGCCGGAUGGCUGGAAGGGUGUGUUUGCCGUUGUGCGCCAGGCCAAGGUCGAGCCCAGGUGGUAUGGCAAGAAUGGGGAGCUGUUGGUCGACUAUGAGAAGACGGAGGAGCAUCAGAGGCAUGUGCAACUGGGAAGUGGCCUUGUGAGGCCGAACGGGGAGAGGGAGAAGUCCGGCGGCGGAAGCGGGGAGGUAAGCCAUGAGGAGUACAAGCCGGUCUAGAGAGAGAGGUUUCCUGGAUCCGUCUCUUCGAAUUCGCAUGGCCUCUACCCGAUCAGAGCCAUGGUUAUACGUCUAAAAGGCGCAUUCCGCCCCAGCUUGGUCUAUUCGCGAGACGACUCAGG